AUGAAUCCAUCAAAUAAAUCUUCUAAUCUUGAUGGUUGGAAUGAUCCACCAGCUAAUCUUGCUCUAUCUGAUAAUAUAUCAACAAAACGUGUCUUACUUAAUAAACGUGUUCCAUAUACUAAUCAAGAUCUAACAUCAAUAAAUAAUCCUGCGAAUACUUUAAUAGUACCACCACCUGUUUCCACUUCAUCAUCAGCAAUCUCAACAGUAACUUCUUCGGAUAAUACUCCGUCAACAAAAUCUGAUUUAUUAACAAUUGAAGAAAUCGAUGAAAUAUUUCAUAAACAAAUGAAAAAAUUAGAAGAAUCAGCAAAUAUUGAAAAAAAAAUUCUCGAAGAUAUUAAUAAAAAAUACCAGGUUAUGCAUGAUGAAUGGUCUCAAGAAAAAUUAUCAUUGAAUACAAAACAAACACUAUCAAAUAUAUUUCAUGAACUUAAUUCUAAUCAUAUACAGCAAGCGUUUGAUAUGCAUAUUGUUUUAGUUCGAAAUGCAAGUUCAGAAGUUGCUCGAUUUAUCGUCGGUAUUAAACGAUUAAUUCAAGAACUACAACGAUUACCAAAUUAA